UGUUUGCUGGCCAGUCGUGUUUUUCUUAUGUUUCUUCUCGGCCGGGGACACGCUACUUUGUUUGAUACAAAUGUAGCCGAUAACGAGGUCGCUAUUUACUGCGGUGUCCAUCCACCUCUGUGUUUAGAACAAGUUCGCGCUCGCUGCAUCUGGAUACGAGAUUUUUUCUUUUAAGUUUUACACAAAUAUAUGUCACUUCCGCUGUACUCGAUUCGCCAUUUUGGACAGGCUUGGCCCGAGCCAUGAUGAGGAAUGGUCUCGAUAUAGGAAAACUUGCCGUCAAUGAUGCUUCUUCGUUGUGUAUUUGAUUUGAGGACAAUCUGACCACUGUAGAACAACACACUGCUUCGCACAGGCCAGCGUGCACCUCAGCAACUGGGCAUAUUUCAUUUACUGAAACACAUGGCACAGAUGAUCAGGAUGAGUUGCUCAGCCCCACCGGCAGCCGAGUUUAGACGAAGGACAACUGCAGCACCGGGUUGGACACAAUAAACUGGAGUCGGUCUCCUCUGUCCUGCGGUUUGGAUGGAGUAACGUACUGUCCCUGAGGGGUGAAAUAUUUGCUGUCCCGCAAGAAAGAGAGCAGCAGCAAAGAUGUUUCAGCUACCGGUGAACAACCUCACCAGGAUACGAAAGGCCAGGAAGUCGGUGAAAAAAGUGCUUGUUGACAUUGGAUUGGAGUACUGCAAGGACCAUGUUGAGGAUUUCAAGGAGUUUGGUCCUGAUGAUCAUUAUGUGAAGAGUCUUGGCUGGGACGAUGUCUGUCUGUGGUAUCCACAAAAACCACAGGACUACAGAUCAAAGCAGUUUUGCUGUUCAGAGUGCCCGUUCUCUUCCAAAUACUUCUCGGGAUACAAGAACCACUUCCGCAAUGUGCACAGGCAGGACUACGAGAAGCACAUUCUACUCAACUGCCCCUACUGCAUGUACAGCGGCAACAAGAGGUCCCUGGAGACUCAUGUGCGGCUCUUCCAUGCGGCCAACAAUGCUUUCCGUCAGACCAUGACGUCCAACCAGGCCAACAUGAUGGCGAUGAAGGACGGCUCACUCCAGGCUGUGUACUUCUGCAAGACGUGCACCUACCAAGACCCCCUGUACAACGUAGUGCGUCGGCAUAUUUAUCGCGAGCACUUCCAGCAUGUGGCUAAGGCCUAUGUGGACACGGACUCUGAGAACAAGUCAGGUGGUAAUGGCUCUGGUGCUGGCAUAAAUGGCAUCCAGUGCAAGAUCUGUCAGUUUGCACCACGCUCCUAUGAGGCACUGGUGCAGCACGUGGUCGAGUUCCAUGAGAAGAUUGGAUACCAAGUCACUGCACUGAUUGGCCACACUAACAUCCCCGUGUCCAGACCCUCAUAUCAGGCAGGUUUGUCAAGAGGAGCGGUCAUGACCUCUGGAGGUUGGCGACCUCAGACACCUCAGCAGAUGAACCGCAUGGUCCCUCCCAAAAUGCAGGGGAUACCAGUUUUGGAUCACUUGAAGCAAAAUACUAUAGGGUAUAAGCUUCCUAUGGGGCAGCCUAUCCGUAUGGGCCCUGCUGACAGUGCAAAACUGUUGGGCGUGUGUGAUCCCAUCCCGGUCAAGAAGCCGCAUAAUGUGUCUACUGCUCAAACACAGAAGUGGAAGAUCUGCACAGUGUGCAGUCAGCUCUUCCCAGAGAGUGCAUACAGUGCCCACUUUGAGAAGGAGCACCAGGCAGAGAAGGUGCGAGUGAUGGCCAAGUACAUCAUGAAGAUCCAUAACUUUACUAGCAAGUGUCUGUACUGCAACCGCUACCUGCCCACUGACACACUACUGAGUCACCUGCUGGUCCACGGGCUUUCGUGCCCGAUGUGCUACACAACGUUCAACGAAGUGGAGAAAAUUGUAGCACACAAACGCCAGUGUUGUCCCGAGGACACGAAGACUGUUCCUGGCGAGUCUCCUCUAACCUUUGACCUCACUGUUGCUCUUGGCAAGCCCAAGAACGUCCAGCUGAUCGUUACUACCUACAACAUGAAGGACGCCUCUGAACCGUCCGCCACAGGUCAGAGCCAUUUGUCUGAAGCCAAGAAAGUGCAUGUCAAGAUACCAGACAGUCAGCACGAGUCACCGGCCCCAAAGGUGCCUCCAGCGAGUCUGACACCUAAGACGGAGGUCGGCAAGACCCUAUGCCCCCUCUGCUUUUCCAUCCUGAAAGGGCCCAUCUCUGAAGCCCUGUCUCUCCAUCUGCGGGAGCGUCACCAGGUGAUCCAGACAAUGCACCCUGUGGAGAAGAAGAUGACCUACAAGUGCAUCCAUUGCCUCGGUGUAUACACAAGCACCAUGACUGCCUCCACCAUCACGCUGCACCUGGUGCACUGUCGAGGCGUGGCACAGUCUCAGGGAGGUACAGCCAGGCCUAGCACUGCUAGGGCUGGUCAGGGCACCAAGCCUGUGGCCACCUUGCGCCCCCCAGGCAUAGGGACUCUGAAACGUGAGCUGCCUCCGCCUGAUGGUCUGGACGCGAAAAAGAGGAAAAUGGUGGACCACACCAGGUGCUACCCCACUAUAUUUGUGGAGAAGCCCGAGGAACCUGUUGUGUUGGCUUUGGAUCCCAAAGGCCAUGCGGAGAAGACCUAUGAGGCUCGUAAGGCUUUUCUCACUGCCUACUUCAACUGCCACCCUUACCCGUCGCAGCGCGAGGUGGAGAAGCUCGCGGCCAGCCUCUGGCUAUGGAAGUCUGAUGUCUCCAGCCACUUUGCCAACCGGCGCCGCUCAUGUGAGCGAGACUUCGUCACGAGGAAGGCUGUUGUGUUGCUCGGCUUCAACAUGCGUGCUGUCAACCAAGUCAAGCACGACUUGGACUUUGACCCGCAGUGGUAUUUCGAGGGCACGGAUGAUGACGACAGCAGGCUCUCAAAGAUUACUAAAUCCAGAUUGAAGGAUGCUGGAGGCUUUCAUCACAGUGAGAAUGCCAAAGCAAUCCAACACUUUGUCAUCAGGCAGCCUGUGAUCGCAGGACAGGGUAGUCUAAACAAGCCGAGCAACAGUGCCUUCACGCCGAAACCCGGCUCUUAUCAAGAACCCAUAUCCAUUGACUCUGAUAGCGAUUCUGAUGUAGAAGAGACGACCAGUUACGCUAAGCCCUACGAGCGACCUCAUACCGUGUUGGCAAGGGGAACCGGUGGCCACUUGGGCCAGCAGCCGGUGUUCCUCUCUCAGGAGAGACGGCCGAGGCCCCAAGAGAACUCCUCACGUAGUUUAACUGGACUCAUAGAUGGACCAUCUACGGGCCACUCGGCCAGAGAUGCAGCCAAGAACAUGGACAGCUCUCUGUCUGUAUCCAGCCCUGAGGAGGAGACGUGGGCCCGUGGCUCAGUGACCCUCGACGAUAGCAGUUAUAGACCAGCUGGUAUUUUUGAAGGACAGGGGAAGGAAGUGGGGUUGGUGGGUAGGUGAGCGACAGGACAUUGACCAUCCUCCCAAUUUGCUGCCAAUCUCUGUAUCUCUCCACAUUAGACUUGACUCUGACUUAAUGAGAAUAUUGACCUCCCUACCAUUUGUGUAUGGCUAUACUAGAGGAAAUGGUUACACAGAGAAGACAUGGCUAAUUCAAAGUAACAGCAAUUAAAAAAAAAUAAAAAAAAAUAUUUGAUUCACUCUGGUAAAACCGUUGUGCUGAAAAAUAUACAUUGUGCUGACUGAGGAAAAAAAAUAUGCAUUUUGAUGGUAGAUUCCAUCACUUCAGUGAUGUUGAAGUGUAUCAACGGCAGUGAUGAAAAAUUGCCUGCUGGAAGUACUAUUUGGAUUUGACUGAGAUGAACAUGGACCUCUAUUUUCCCAAAUUGUAUAAUUUAAGUGUCUCUUGUGUAUAUUUUAUAUGCAUUUCCCUCUAUUUAAUCAUUCUUAACAAGUAGUUGCUAAAAAUCAUGGAAAAAAUGGGUUUUCUCUUUUGUUUUUCAUUUUUGUCAAUAAAAAAGGCAAGCGUAGCCUAAUUUCAAAAAGUAAUCGAAAUUGUGUCAUACCGAUAGUAACUUUUCAACUUAUAGAAGAUGAUCUCAUGCAUUUGAUAACUUUUCUGUUUAUUUCCUAUUUAUUUUUCUUUUGGCAUUCUUCCUGGCUUCAGACCAUUCCCUCACACAGAGAACAUCCUCACAUCCCUCAGAUGUUAAAGCUCUGAAUGUGAAUGGCUCUUGUAGACUUAAAGACCUCAGCUAGUCCCAAGGAUGCAGGUUGGGAGAUCACACCAGAUGUUUGAGUGAAAGUUGUGGGUGAGUGAGUAUGUGUGCUCUCUCGGCUCCUGCUUUGUGGUUUCAAGUGCUUCAAACAUUAAGACGCUUAGGAUAAUAAUCAGAUGAAAAAAAAAAACAUGUUUGUUUUUUCUUUUGAGCUAAAUCUACCUGUACAAGCUUGAAUACGUUGUUUUCUAAAAAGGGCACAAACACAAGGUUUCGUGUAGACUAUUGUCCCUGGGAGGAUGACACUAUUCUAGUGGUCUUAAUAACUUGCAUGAUGUGGACACUGUAGAUUUAGCUUUUCUGAGGACUUCAUUUCUCUUUUAGCCAUGGCAGUACUGGUGAAUUCCUAUUGCCAGUUGGAAAUGAUCUUUUGAAUCAUUGAAGAGCUGUGCAGAUGUUGUUUAUCUAAUCUAAUCAGAUUUGUACCCCAUAAGAUUGAUUGAAAGCUUCAAACACUCGUGUAAUUCUUGAGACUCUACUACAUUUGUCAGCCUUUUUCAUAAACUAUGUUGGGAUUUGCCUGAAAUGAAUUAAAUUAAUACAGUGUUUAUUAAUUACCGUCUUAUUGUGCUAUGAAACCCGACAAGUGUUUUUGUAUUUUUAUAUAUGAUGGGGGGAGAAAUACGAUUAUUCUGUUAUCAUUCAGAGACAGAUGCCCACGUUAUUUCUUUCUUUACUUUUCUUUUUUCCCCUUUUUUUUUUUUGAAUGUGAGGGUUUGUGUAAGGAUCUCAGAAAUGUUUAUGUUGGCAGUCAUGAUUAUUAUUCACUGUCUGAAUGCUAGGUAUUUGUCCUCUGUGUGACUAAUGUGUAGCAUCUUUUUUGUUAAAUUAUGUAGUUAUUUUGAACAAACUCCUUUUGAAAAAAAAUAAAUAAAAAGUGAACUUUUGUUGAGACACCACAUAGAAAGCUGGUCGGUGUAAAAUUCAAAUGCAGGGAGUUGUUCUCAACUUUUCUCUAAUGUGAUUCUCUCAAUAUCCACACUGGUGUUCAAACAUCCUGCUCUCAGUUUGCUUCUAUUUAAGAUGCCUCAUUCUGAAUUAUUUUCUGUUUGUGGUGAUGCAGUUCACCAGAGGGGGGCAAUCACUUCAUAUGGUCUUUGUCUUGGACUGUUCUCUAUGCACAUAUUUGAGGAGAAAGUAUAGGAAGAGAUGGAUAUACUGGGGAUAAACUCUGAAGGCAGGAAGAGAUGGAUAAUCUAAGAUUGAGAACAGAGCGUAAUCUAUCUCUUGAGGCAUAAGACUAACAGUUAAACAUGUCAUAGCAGUUGCUGGUAUAGACUAUGGAGGUAAUAUAUAGACCUGAAGAUCACUAUCAAGUACUGCUUCAAUUGCAGCUGGUGAUGCUAGGCUAGCAACCUCAUGCAAAAAUCUACCUAAUUGACUGCAACGUCUUUAAAAAUGGUGUCUAACUCCCUUCUGUCCACAUUUUCACAAACAAGCCAAGUAGGUGCCAUACAGAUGUCCACAAUUGAUAUCCAUGUGGAAUGGCUGCUUGGAAACACCUAGACAACAUACUCUUGCCCACCAAAUAUGGCAGCCAACUUGCUUCUGAAAAAAAGACCGGAAGUGAGCGCACAUCGAGCGCCAGUUUUUAAAGAUGGUGACAGCUGACUGGACAACUACGACGCUAACUGGCUGACCACUGAUCCCCUGGUUCCUAACCCAUGGUCUGGGCCACCCUCAGGGGGGCGCCAAAGAUCACAGGGCUUUGACAAGGCUUAGUCUGCUCUGAGGUAUAGAUUUAUGCAUGCUAAAUAAUCAGUCUGCAAAUAAACCAUUUAAAAAUUAAAAAAUGUGUAGGCCAUAGUCUACCUUUCAGCCACAGCAUCUUGCGCUCUCAACCAGAGCUUUUAACUUGGAUACACUUUCUCUGGUGAGGAUAUCAUUAGUUAUUAGUGAUUUUCAGACAGCUCUUGAUCAUGUGUAAUGACAUCUUAUUAGCUUUGGCCAUGAGAUGUUAUCUAGGUAUCUUAUGAGAGAUGUCUUGCCCAUCAUGUGCCCAUCAUCAUACUGAUAACUGAUGUACCAUUCAGCUGGCAUGUCACUUUCAUAAUGAAAGAUGUCAGGAUAGGAUAUGCCAAGAUCUUAACAGUUUUUUACAACUGACACUUAGCUCUGUCUUUUUCUCAAAGCUCUACACACAAAUCCAGCUAUUGCUGAAACAAAAUACAAAAUGGCUCUUAUAU